AGUGUUUAGUUUUUCAAAUCGGACAGAAUGCAGACCACAAUUUGCGAACCGUUUACAGCAUGGCCCAUGAAAUUCGACAUCGAAAAGCUGGCACAAGAGUUCAAACCGGAGGAAAAGAAACACAAGGAGGCCGAGCAGAAGACCGCAAAGGAUUUCCUUCACCUGCCCGACGAUAACUGGGUAGUCCUGCCCAUCUUCAAGCACAAGCUGGAGCACCUGAGGGCAGUUUUAUCUACUCGCCAAAAUCCCUAUCUACGGUGCCGCUAUAUCAAUUUCCUGAACAAUGUUCCCAGCAAAUAUGUGACUAUUUCUAUAUACGGCUCUGAUGCAACAAACAUGCCCAAGCCAAGGCGGAAAUCCCUCAACGGUCAAUUCUAUGGUGUUGAUUAUAAGCUGGCGCCUAUUCCGGUGGUGGCAGAUCCUCGGUAAACAGAUGCCUUACUUUGAAUUUGGAAAAAUACAUAAAAUACAGACUAUAAAAAUUACAAUUAAUAAUAUUUUUGGCAAAUUGUUAAAUUUGAAAAGUUAUUAAAUAUAAAUUGCCGCUGCGUUUUCACCUAUC